ACAUUAUCUUUCAAGAAAUUAUAAAAUAUUUCAUUCAGGUGGUUUUUUAUCCAACGGCCAAGUAUGUAAUAAUAUUAUCAUAGUGAAAAUGUCAUAACAUCAUCGAGUGUAAUACUGAAUGCUGAUGUAUUAAUUCAUAUAAAUAUAUCUUUCAUAGUUAAAUUCGGCCAUUUUAUACUUUACAAUUGAACUAAUAGGUACAAUAUAAAUUGAAAUAGUCAUUUUUUAACAAUGUCAAUUGGUUAUAAGCUGGUUGUUGUAGGUUUUAUUUUAUAUUUUAAUGGUAUUAGCUGUACACCUUUGUCUGAAGUCAAUCGUAUUAUACACCUAGUGAAUAGCAUUCCGAAACACUCAUGGAAGGCUGGAAUAAAUUUCAAUCCAAGUUUUUUGACUAAUGUUUCACGUCUCAUGGGAGUUCUACCAAGGAAUAAACUAAGUGAAAAGGACACUUUACUUACAUACGAUUCACCCGUCGGUUCUGAACCUCUGCCGGAGAGUUACGAUGUUACACAAACAUGGUCUGAAUGUAAAUCGGUUGUUUCAAUCAGAGACCAAUCAAAUUGCGGAUCUUGUUGGGCCCUAUCAACCGCUUCUGCAUUUAGUGACCGUCUAUGUAUCGCCUCAAACAUGGAUUUUAAUAAAGUCUUAUCUGGCGAGUAUAUAAAUUCGUGUUGCAAUGGUAAAUGUGGUGACGGAUGUAACGGUGGGCAUCCAGAAAAAGCAUGGAAGUAUAUAAAAAAAAAUGGACUGUGCACUGGAGGUGAAUACAAUUCUAAUGAGGGAUGCCAGCCAUAUAGUAUAUUUCCUUGUCCAAGAAAUUCGAAUUCUUGCUCAAAGGAAAAUGAAGAUACUCCCCAAUGUUAUAAAAAUCAGUGUACCAAUUCCAUCUAUGAGAUUCCAUUAUCAUCAGAUCUGUAUUAUGCUACUAAAGUGUAUUCUGUUAAACCAAAACCGGAAAUAAUUAUGAAUGAUAUAUAUAAAAACGGACCUGUUGUUGCCGCAAUGAAAGUCUAUGAAGAUUUCGUACAGUAUAAAGGAGGAAUAUAUCAGUAUACGGCCGGUGCAUCAAAAGGCGAUCACGCUGUUAAAAUAAUGGGAUGGGGUCAAGACGACGGAAUAGAUUACUGGCUAUGCGCUAAUACAUGGGGUACUUCUUGGGGCAUGAGAGGAAUGUUUAAAAUCCGAAGAGGCAGAAAUGAAUGCGGAAUUGAAAACCGUAUAACUGGCGGAUUACCGAAAGUGUAAAAACGAAAUAAGAUGAUUGAAUGAUUGAUAAAUAACUACAUAUCGCUAAUAACGUUUUUUAAGCAUCUUGCCAGUUACCACACAUACAUCACAUAACAUAAAAUCAUCAGGGCGUUUUCGGGCAGGAAUUUUGAAGAUUGACAUUUCAAUAGCUAGCCCUCCACCCAAAUAGGGGCCAAAAAUAAUUAUUAAUUAUCAAUUAUAAACAAAUAGUUAACAAUAAAAAAAUAAUUAUUUAAAUACAAUUUAAAAUUUGGAUCGAUAAUAAUUAGUUGUAGCUUUAACGAACUGUAUAAUGAUACUAUUAUUUUCCUUGAAUGACGAAAUAAUUAUGGUGUUAAAAUAUUUUUCGACGGAAUUAACGUAUUUUUCAGGUCAAAAAUACGUACUGGUGGAAUUUUACAUGUUAUAAAUCUAACUCUAAAAUCAACUAUAUCUGGAAAUCGGUGGAAUUUACAAACGCCAGUUCACCUAUACAUUAUAAUGGGUAUAUAUAUAUAUAUACCUACUGUAAAUAAUGUAUACCUACUUAUAAGUCCUUUAUCAACUAGAUCUUGAUGCCGAUAUUUAUUGUGGCUUAUAGCUUGAUUAUUAGCACUUAGAUAAGAAAAAUACCUACAAAAUCAUCACCCCAAUCGGUGUCUAUUUACCUUAAAAUCGAUAUCCAAAUACUGUUUCCCAAUAUUUAACGUUUAAAUAGUUCUAUACCAUUCAAUUUUUUUAUAACAUACAUUUUUGUGAGAAAUAUAUCACAAAUCCAUUUUCAAAUACAAAUUAAAUUUAACGCUACAAGUAAAAAAUAAAUAUGAUUAAUAGAAAUCUUAUUAAAACUUAAAAGCUAAAUCGUUUUAAGUAUAUUUAUUUCAAGUAUAGACAAAUAUAACAUGUUGUACUUAACAUAAAAAUGUUUACAAAACUACAAAAUCAAGCUAUAAUAGUAAUAAAUAAUGAUAUUUAUUUUAAGUGAGUUAAAUAUUGCUAUAGUCAUUUAAAAUUUAAAUUUAAACAAAGUAUAGUUUUUUUUAAAAAAAUAUUGAAAUAGUAAUUACCUAUUCUAUCGGCAAUCAUUUCAAUCUAGAGACGUUUGAAACUGAUUUGCAAGUACCAAAUAUUGAACUUCUGUUAUAAAAACAGUAUAAUAAAGUAAAACCACUUUUAAAUAACAUAAAUACCUAUUAUGUUUGGUUUCUAUUAUAAUUAAAACCUUAAGAUACUCAUAAUUUUUAUACAAAUGUUAAGUAGGUAGGUAAGAACCUCCUGCUACUCGCGUCAGGUUGUAAUAACGUAAGGAAUAUAAUUGUAGAGUAGGUACUGAUAAAUGACAUUACCAAUUUUAAUCGAAAUGCUUUUACACGCUUAACAACAGUAAUUAAAACACGUUAAAUAUUUUACCACACAUAAUAUGAACCACCUUACUGUUAAAUAUUAUAAAAAAUUAAAAAUAUAUAAUUAUAAUAUCAACAAUAGGUAGGUAGGCCGAAGGCGUAAUUUUAAUUUAACGCUACAAAGUUUAUGUAGUUAUACUUGUUCACUUAUAAUAUCUCUACGAUGCGUCAUGCGUGUAUUCUCUUCCCAAUCCUAAUUCCUAGUUAUCCUGUAUUUAUAUAUAUACAUAGGUACUUAUAAUAUUUAGCCAUCUAACUUUUUUAUUUUUAAUAUUUUUUACAAUUUGCAGUAGGUACAUAGGUACUUACAAUUGUAUUAAAUAAUAUGUAACUGAGUAAGUGCGACUGCAUUCAAAAACAAUUUAAAUCAAAAAAUUAAAAUUAUAUUCUUGUUAUAUUUAAUUAAUGUUAAUAUUAAUAUUAUGCUACUGGCUACUUAAAAAUAAAAAUGUCAUAUUUUUUCAUUAUUGAAUCACUAGGAUUGUAAAAUACACAUUAUUGAUGAUAGAUCAUUGUCGAUUUUAUUUAAAAUGGGCGUACAAUUGAAAAUAUUUUGAUCCAGUAAUUUAUUUAAAAACAGUGUUUUUAUUAUAAACGUGAGUAUUUUAGACAGUGAAAGACUUAAUAUAGGUACUUAAUAUUUACCUACUACGGUAAAUAUUACUCCUUAAAGAUUCGACUAUGUCAAGAUACAAGACAUCAUUUUGUGUAAAAUGUGGUCAAAAAACUGGAUGGAUUAUUCCAGUGAAUUUGAGAAUGACAAGAAAUAGAACUCCUGUAUUACGUGGGAAAUGUUGCAAGUGCAGAUGUAAUAAAUCUACAUUUGUUUCUUUAUGUUAUUAUAAAAUGCAAAUGCGAAAGUGCAAGCGAUCUGGAUCACGUUGUCGCAGGUAAUAUAAUUAAACACAAGAUGAAGAUACAUAUUGUACAUUUGUGUAUGAAAACUAUUUGAUGCAUAAGUAAAAAUAUUGAUUUUUAAUAAAUAAAUAUCAAAAAAAUAAAAAAAA